UUCAAGUGCAGUGUGUGUGGGAAAGCGUUUGCACAUUCAUCUUCUCUUGUAAGACACCAGAGAACACACACGGGAGAGAAAUCCUUCAAGUGCAGUGGGUGUGGGAAGGCAUUUUCACAUUCAUCUGCUCUUGAAAGACACCAGAGAACACACACGGGAGAGAAACCCUUCAAGUGCAGUGGGUGUGGGAAGGCAUUUUUACAUUCAUCUGCUCUUGAAAGACACCAGAGAACACACACGGGAGAGAAACCCUUCAAGUGCAGUGGGUGUGGGAAGGCAUUUUUACAUUCAUCUGCUCUUGAAAGACACCAGAGAACACACACGGGAGAG